ACAAUUUCAGUUGGUUCAAUCGACAUAUAUAUAAGCAUAAAGGUGUAUAAAAGAAUCGUACAUUCAAAAAUUUUCGCACAACUGAUUGCACGGGAAAUCUUAACACCGGGACAUUAUUACAACGUAUCAUAAAAAACGAGCGCAGGAUGAGAAUCCCGACGAGCGCUCUGUGCCUGGUGAUACUGGCGAGUGGCUUAUCAUUGGUGGUGUGCGACAAGCAGCUGCUACCCGAGCUGUCGUUCGUCUUGUCGGGCCACAGCUUGGAUUGGCCGUGUCAAAGCACGAAGAACAUCUACGAGACGAGCGGACGUUACAUCGCCAGGAAUGUCAUUGCCACGAGAGCGCAGGUCUACAGGGACGAUGUGAUCGUAGCGAUGCCGCGAUACAAGCCGGGUGUACCGUUCACCCUGGGUGUUCUGUCGUUGAAGACGAAAGAUUGCGCGCCGAAGGUGACACCAUUCCCCUGCUGGGCGAUCCAGGAAGAGGGCAACUGCCAAGCGUUGCAGAGCGUAGUGGAUCUAGUUGUCGACAUCCAAGAGAUCGUGUGGGUAUUGGACGUUGGUAUCGUAAACACUUUGGAGCAACCGGUGCGCAGAUGCCCCCCGAAAGUCGUCGGAAUUGACAUAAAAUCCGGAAAGGUAGUGAAGGUGAUCGAUCUGAGUCCCUUGGUGACCCCAUUGUCUCGUCUGCAAUAUUUGACGGUCGACUACGCUGACGACGGCCAGGUAUACGUAUAUGUGACCGACGCCGCCUCCAGAUCUAUUAUUGUUUACAAUGCCACCGGGGAUAAAGGAUACAAAGUGAUCCUUCCGAACGCCGUUACCACUGGUGUUCAACGAAGAGACGUUCUCUACUCGACGCUGGUGAAGAAGAGCUGCGGUACGCCGGUGUUGUAUUUCACUUACCUGGGAUCCAACAGGCUCUUCGCGAUCAAGGCUGAAAAUCUGAGACGUGGCCUCACUCAAGGAUCGGUCGUGGAUGUCGGACCGAAGCAAAACAAGAUUGUUCUCCUCGGAAGCGACAAUGGCUGCGGCGUUUUCUUCAGAAACAAGGGUGAAUCCGAUAUCUACAUGUGGAACAGCGAGACACCUUUCAGACCAGAGAACUUCCUCGUGGUGCAGAAGGGCAACGAUUGCCGACUGCCGACCCAAGUGGUUCCUGGGUACAAACGACUCAUGUGGGUGAUCGAGAGCAACUUCCAGGAUUACAUACAGAAUACCGUGAGCUGUUCGGGCGCCUCCGUGGCCAUUCAUCCCUUGGUCAAGUCUUGCGACGACUAAGAUUUAUUCGUUAAAGCAGAAAUUACAGAGCAACUGUACCCAUUACAUAAUUCAAUGUCUCGAAAAGAUGAAUUGAAAUCGGUAACUUUAGGAAGUACUUCGUAUUUAGAUGCAUCAGAUACACGAAGAUAAUGUGUGAAAUGGCAAUGGAAGUAUACGACGAUUAGCAUAAGGUACACUUUUUCAUUUAUCAUGGCAUCGAAAUGAAUUCAGCAAAAUUACAUUAAUUUUAGUUCCUAGGUCUACAAAUUGGACAAAAAAAAUUCUUUUUUCUCGGUAAGAAGACAAUUACCGAAUUUUAAGUUUCUUAACAUUAUGAUAUUGGUUAUUCCACUAAUUACAGCAUUCAUCUAUCGCUUAAACUUGAAAGAAUUAGAUAAAGUUCUAUUUUGUUGCUGAUCUAGUCACAUAACCGGCAGCAUCUUGCAUCUUGUCCUCGUAGAUAGCAAGUUUAGUUUGCGAAUAUUAUGUCAGUUAAUGUAAGUGUUGAAACAUUUCUUUCAUAGAUAAUUAGCAAAUGUAUAAUGCUUAUUUCUGCCACAAUUAACGUCUAUCUUUGUGACUGACAAAGGAUUUACAUAUUAUCACGUAUUUGGACGAGUUGACCAGUGUAAGAAUUAAAACUUAUCGAUGUUUAAAUCGAUGCCGGCAUUUAGCUGCCAGUUUUCAAGCUGCGAAUUAUUUAAAAACCUCGCUAUUAUUCACCUGCUCAACGAUCGAAGAAAGUGAUUUAUUGAUAAAGUACAUAUAAUUGAUCGUAACACCUGUAAUCGUUGUUAUGUAAGACAAAUGGCUAAUAAAUGCCAGUUUAUGGAAACA